AGGACAUUGCCCUCUUCUUCUCCAGGGAGGAAUGGAGCCUCCUUGAUGAGGGUCAGAGACAGCUGUACCUGAAUGUGAUGCUGGAGAACUUUGAACUUCUAUCCUCCCUGGGUUGCUGCUGUGGAGAAGAGAAUGUGGAGGCAACGACUGAACAGAAGGAUUCUGUAAGAGUGUCACAGGCAAGGAAUCCCAAGGUAGCCUUGUCUUCCCAGAAGAGUCACCCCUGUGAGAGUUGUGGGCUAGUCUUGGGAAACAUUUUCCAUGUGAUGGAACUGCAGGGAACACAACACAGACAGAUACUGUUGAAGUGUGGGGCGUGUGCAAAGUGGUUUUAUUUCCCUGCAAAAUUUCACCAGGAACAUGUGAGAGAGAAGACUGCCAUUAGAGGUGUGGAGAGGAUCUCACUUGCAAACAGCUGCAAUUUCAAUGUGUCCCAGAAUCCUUUCACAUGCGCGGAGGUUGGCCAGGGUGUCCUUACGGGGUCAGGACAUCUCCACCUAAAGGCUACUCAGACCAGGGAGAGUCCAAAUGCAGUUUCAACGUGUGGGAUGACGUUUGAAAGCAGGAAAAAUUAUUACAGUAGAGAAGAAUGUAAGACAGACAUUAGUUGCACCCACACAUUUAUUCAAGAAAAUGGGGUCCAUCUUGGAAGUGGGUGUUGUAUGUGCUCUGAAUGUGGAAAAUAUUUUACCAAAUUUUCUAGCUUUCAUUAUCAACAGAGAGGUCACACGGGAGAAAAGCCUUAUCAAUGCAGUGAAUAUGGAAAAUCUUUUUUCGCUAAGACCAAUGUUCAUCAACAUCAGAGAGUUCAUAUUGGAGAAAAGCCUUAUAAAUGCAGUGAAUGUGGAAAAUCUUUGACCAGUAGUACUGCCCUUCAACGUCAUCAGAGAAUUCACACUGGAGAAAAGCCUUAUAAAUGCAGUCAAUGUGGAAAAUCUUUUGCACGGAGCGAUGCCCUUGGUCUUCAUCGGAGAGUUCAUACAGGAGAAAAGCCUUACACAUGCAGUGAAUGUGGAAAAUCUUUUACCAGGAGAACUGGCCUUCAUUAUCAUCAAAGUGUUCAUAUAGGACAGUGGUUCCCAAACUUAUUUGGCCUACCCUCCCCUUUCCAGAAAAAAUAUUACUCAGCUCGGCGGCUGAGACCUGCUAUCAUGAUCUGA